GCAUCGCGACAGCGGCACCUCGCCGGGACACCGCCCCACAACGCAGCGCCGCCGUCCCACGGCGGAAUGUCGCCAUCCCGACACGCAGUGACCCCCUGCCGCACAGCCUGGAGCCGCGUGCUGAGUCACGGUGCUGCUGUGGCUGUUCGUGGAGCUGCUGUGCUGCUGUGGCUGCACUGUGGCUGUUCUGUGGAGCUGCUGUGCUGUUGUGGCUGCACUGUGGCUGUUCUAUAGAGCUGCUGUGCUGUUGUGGCUGCACUGUGGCUGUUCUGUGAAGCUGCUGUGCUGUGGUACCUCUGUACUCCAGCUGCCCCAUGGUGCAGCACAGUGGUCCCAAUGCUACUCCUUGCCCCUCCAGGAGCAAUGGGUGUUGUCACCCAGCUGUGGCUCUUUCCCCUAUCAGUGCUUCAUGCAGUACAUUCGCUAAUAGUGAAACGCCCAGGCGUUUUCACUUCGGGGCAGCGCAGGGUUUUCUGGGUAAGCACAGGAAGCAGCGGCUGAGGGCGGGCCGGGGGGCUUCCUGUUCUGUUGCAGACAGCAGGAAAACCAUGGAGGCCGCCGUGCCCCCAAUGUCAGCUCCGCUCUGCCUGGUGCACAACCAGGACUGCAAGCUGUCCCUCAACCCCGCAGCGCUGGCAGUUCUGCGCGGCGCCACUCAGCCAGUGGUGGUGGUGGCCAUCGUUGGGCUUUCUAGAACUGGGAAGUCCUUCCUGACGAAGCGGAUGGCACAGAAGUGCACCAGCUCCCCACUGGGCAGCGCGGUGCAGAAGCAAACAGAGGGCAUCUGGAUGUGGUGUCUGCCGCACCCGUGCAAACCUGGCGUGACGCUGGUGCUGCUGGACACCGAGGGGCUGGGAAACCCCUGCAGAGGUGACAUCCGCAACAACACCUGGAUCUUCACGUUGGCGCUGCUGCUUUGCAGCACCCUGGUGUACAACAGCAUGCACACCGACAGCCACACGAUGCUGGAGAGCUUGAGUUUGCUGGCAGAUCUGAAGAAUUACGUGCGUGUGCGAGCGCAGGCGGACGGCACUGGGCCAGAAGACGAGUUCGCCCGUGUCUUCCCUGGCUUCGUCUGGGUCGUGCGUGACUUCAAGCCGCAGGAGGGCGAGCGGCCCAUCAGCGCGGAUGAGUACCUGGAUCAGAUACUGCGCCCAUGGAACAAUUUCCGCAUCAAAUCUGUAGGGUUCUUUCUACUGAAGGACAAAAGCAAGGUGCAGCUCUGCCUACGCAGCUUCUUCCCUCACCACAAGAUGUUCAUGCUGGAGCGGCCGGCGGCCGACAGGGACCUGGCACAGCUGGAGGUGCUGCGGGAGGAUCAGCUCCAGCCACGCUUCAGACAACAGGAGGAGGCCUUCUGCCAGCACAUCUGGAAAGAGGCGCCAGUGAAGGUGCUGCUGAACAGCAGCCCGGUGACAGGCAGAACGCUGGCGCGCCUGCUGGAGGCUUACAUGGCAGCCAUCAGCUCCGGCUCCGUGCUCUGCGUGGAGAGCGUGCACACGGCGGUGACAGAAGCUGAGAACAACGCGGCGGUGGAGAUGGCGGCGGCCAAAUACCGGCGGGGCAUGGAGCAGGACCUGGUGCUGCCCACGGCUUCGCUCGACGCGCUGAUGGCCGCGCACCAGGACUGGAAGAAACGCGCCAUCGCCUUCUUCCUGUCCCAAGCCCUUGACGGCACGGAGCAGCAUUACCAGGCACUGCUGAUGGACAAACUGGAGGCGGCCAAGGAGGAGUUCUGCCGGCGCAACGAGGCAGCGUCGCAGCAGCGAUGCCGGGCGGUGCUGAGGGAGCUGUGGGGGGACAUGGAGCUCCGUGUGCAGCGUGGGGACUACGUGGCACCGGGGGGGAUACGGCUGUUCAAGAAGGACCUGAAGCGUAUGCAGGAGGAGUACAAGAGGAGGCCUGACAAGGGCGUCAAGGAGGAGGAGGUGCUGGAGAAGUUCCUGCGGGUGAAGGGACUGGAGAUGAUCGAGAUGUGGCUGGAAGGGGUGGACCAACAGUGUAAGGAGGUGCUGGCUGAGGCGAGAGCUGCAAUGCAGGCUGUGGAGAAGCAGCUGGAGGAGCACAAGCAGAACAUGGUGCAGUUGACCAAGAUGUGGGUCGUCAAGGAGAUGCUGGAGCUGCGGGUCCACAGUUUGGAGGAGCAGCAGAAAGUGAUGUUGGCUGAG